GUUUAGUGUGGAUUUUUACUCGCAUGGAAGUGGUUGCAUUACAAGCGCGCGACGCAGCGUAUCAAGCGGAAAGGAUAAACGUUUAGAACAAAUCAAAGUGUAUUAAAUAAUUUUGAUAAGAAAUUUGUUGAAAUAUAAAGAUUAAAAAAAAAUAUCGUUUGAGAAUUUUUGGUGAAAAUUUAAUUUGAUUAUAAGCUAUAGUAUGGAAGGCAAGUGUAAGCAGCUAGAAUUGAACAGUGAUUGCCUUAUUGUAUGCUCAAGCAAGCAACAACAACAACGAAAAUUCACACCAAAGAAAUAAACAGCAACUAAACAAAAAUUAAACAAAUAAAUUCUUAGUACUAAAUUCGACCUUCAACAGCAACGAGAAUGCUUCCUGUUAACUCAACACUAUGUGGAAUAUUCUCAAUACUAUUAGCUGGUUCGCCAAUAUUCUAUAGCGCUGCGCCGCGUGGUGUCUGCUCCAAUUGCUGUGCGAUACGUGAACGUAAGGAUAUUAAUUUUUUGCUCUACACGAACAAAAAUCCGCAAAGUCCACAAAAUCUCUACCUUUCUGAUGAGCGACGCUUGUCAAAAAGUAAUUUCGAUUUACAACAACCAUUGGCAAUCUACAUACAUGGCUUCUCGGAGUCCGCAACUGGCGACAAGCAGAGCAGUCAACAGCUGAAAGAUGCCUUUCUGAAAGCGGGCAAUUACAAUGUCAUCCUCGUCGAUUGGAGUCCCAUGACGGUGAUGCCUUGGUACACGAACGCUGUUGAAAAUCUGCCGGUGGCGGCGCGUUUCAUCGCACGUUUUUUGCGUUUCCUCGUCGCUAACGGCUAUCAAACGCGGCACAUUCAUUUGAUCGGUUUCAGUUUGGGCGCUGAGGUGGCGGGCUUUGUCGGCAAACAGCUGCUGGAAUGGGGCGUCGUACUGCCAAGGAUAACCGGUCUUGAUCCAGCACUACCGCUCUUCGAACCGAAUAGCGGCAAUCGCCACCUGACGCACACCGAUGCGCGGUUUGUCGAUAUUAUACACACUGACGGCGGUAUACUCGGCAAUCCGGAAGCCAUGGGUCAUGCGGACUUCUAUCCGAAUGGCGGUCGAGCACUACAACCGGGUUGUGCGCGUCAAGAGAUUGCGAAUAAUCGCUGGUUCAAUAUAAUUGUUGGUUGCAGUCACCAGCGAGCUUGGGAGUAUUUUGUUGAGUCCAUAAAUAGACCACACGCCUUUCUGGCGAACAAAUGUGAGCCCAAAAAUGAAUUUGGUCGGUGUAAAGAUGGCAAUAGCCGCGCGUAUAUGGGUAUAGCAGCGGAUCGGAGAUUGCGUGGUAAAUUCUACUUGGACACAAAUAAUGCGCCACCCUUUGGACGUAAUGCCCAAGCGUUGGCCCCUACAUCCCAGAGCAGCACAAGAAAAAGAGCAAGAGAAACAAGAGUAGAUCUCUCAGAGUUGCCGUUGUUGCCAGCUGUCGAGAAAAUUAAUGGCACUCGAGGCUAUGACGGCAAUACCUUGAGGGAAACAAGGCAUACAAAUGCGAUGGAAGCAGCAGCGGCGGUGGCGACGACAAGAAAAUCAACAGUGGUGAAUGCGACAACAACAAAUACGAGAGCCAUAAGAAUUUGAAGGAAAUUUACAACAAAAUAACAACAACAACAACUAUAAAGUUUAGGCAGCAUUAUCAUCAUUGGAAUGGUGGAAUGGUGUGGGACGGUUGGGUCGACUCGGCUUUUGUAGGCGCAACAACAAAGCAACAAUGUCCAAAGUGAUUUCGAAGAGAUUUGCUUUUAAUGCGCGCACAAAGCAGCGGGCGAAAGACAACAGCUGAGCCUCCACUGCGCCAAACAGCUGAGCUCAGGGCGCAAAUUUAUUUCGAUUCACACAGCUGCCUAUGUAUUUGUAGGAGGCGGGGGUAGUCAAAGGGAUCCAUUGGACUUAGUAAAUAAGAAGUUUGUUCGCUGCCGCCGCGACAUUGUUAUUGUAGUUGUAGUUGUAGGUUGAGAGCGCGCAUUAGGGUUUGGGGCGUUGAUGCAUAAAAUAUAUAAUAAAUUGCUGCGAUUUUCAGCGGCGCACAAAUUAUUUAAGUUUUAACACUUUUCAAUGUUGAUGCCAAAAUGUAGGAAAA